ACUUCACGUGUACCGAGUGCGCGCAGUAACCGCCGAGCUAGUGCUAAGUAGUGUGUCGUACGAUAACUUACAGACAUGAAUCUCACAAUGCAAUUAGCGGUCAUGGUGGCCGUGUUCCUGUGCAUGGUCGACAGCGCACCGGAGACACGAAUGGUGCGUAAGCAGCAGCGACCCACCCGUGGCUUCAAGAACGUCGAAAUGAUGACAGCUAGGGGCUUCGGGAAACGCGCAAGGGCUGAACGCGACGUAUCCCAACAAACAACGGCAGAACGCACGAACCGCGGUACACCUACUUUUAAAAGCCCCUCCGUUGGUAUCGCAAGAGAUUUUGGCAAAAGAACACCGGAAUUGGAAUCAGAAGAUGACACACAUCGCGCCACCAAGGUUUUUAAACCCAAAGGUCCUUUAAUGGUAGCGUUUGACUUUGGCAAGCGCAGUGGUAACGAUGAUGUAAACGAAGAAGUAGAAGAAAUAAGAGUGACCAGAGGUACAUUCAAGCCAAAUUCGAACGUACUUAUCGCGAGGGGUUAUGGGAAGCGACAAGGUAAAAGCGGCGGAGUAUAUGGCCUGGACAACUUCUGGGAAAAUCUCGAAGCUACGCAAGAAAAAGACGGACAAGACGCUAAUGACGACAAAAAUGUGGAAAGCAUCCCCUUGGACUGGUUUGUGAAUGAAAUGAUCAACAACCCCGACUUCAGCCGAUCUGUUGUACGAAAGUUCAUCGACCUGAAUCAGGACGGAAUGCUCUCUGCGGACGAACUAUUACGGAACGUGGCUUAAUUAUUGUAACUUAUUUAAGAAAUACGGUUGGAUCUGUUGUUAUUAAGAAAUUUUUGUUUAGACAAUUUAUUUGCUAGAUGAUUUAUAUGUUUGUAACUAUAUAGUACUGUGAUAUGAAUGAAUCUUUAUCUCGCAAUUAAAAAUUAAAAAAAAAAAAUCGUUGUUAAUCAGAAAAGGAGAAACAAAUCGCUUAAUUUGUAAAUAGUUCAUUAAAUGAUAUCAAUGGCGUGAAGUGUAUUAUUUUUAAUUAAAUAUUAUGGUCGACGAGCAUAGAUAAAUUAUCUAUGUGUUUGUCUAUGUUUGUCUGCCAAUUCGUAGGUAAUCGUUGUAUUGUUUUAACUUGUGAAUUUAGCCGUGAUCAAACGGAGUUAGUUCAAAGUUUUGGAAAGGUCUUUCGAUCGAAGUGAACAAAGAGGCAAAAGACUUAAAGAUUAUUAAUGUUAGUUAUCUUUCAUAGAUUUGAUCUCAUUUACAUUAACAUUAUAUCAAUUGUGAUGUGUUGAUUUUGUGAAAUAGAUUAUUACUUGACGAUACUGAAAAACUAAAGAGGUAUUUUUUCUUCAAACUCGACAGCUCCGAUGACCUACCACCAACUUACGUGAUUCUUUUUGUUUUUGAUAGGAAAUUGUUGUCAUUUGGCCACAUUAUAGAAUCUGGAGUGAUACCGCCCUCCUCAGGAGCGUGUGUAGCCGUUUUGUAGAAAAUAUUAAUUUCAGUAGGUAUAUUAUUUCUCCAGGCUGGGUAACUUAAUCAAUUCGCAUUUAUUUCGUCCUCUACUCUACAUACAUACAUAAAUAAAUGUAAUUAUAUGUAAGCUGUAUCGGUGUAUGUUCAGAUACCAAAUAUCUAUUUACUUAGUUCAUUGUUAUUUGUCGAUAUCACGA